CUUGUUGUUCUGGUUUUGAGCAUUUUUGGAAGAAUAAAAACCCAGAUUGUCACGAAAAAACCCCAUGCAGAUCAAAAUUCAAUGUAUGCUAUCUUUUCCAAAGAAAGAUCAACCAAAUUAAAACUUUUUAAAAAUGGAAUUUUAUAGUUUCGUGAUUUUUCCUGAGCCUAGUACUAAAGUUUCUUAGGUUUUGGGGCAUCCUAGUAGUAGUUUCUUAUAAACCAGUUUCUUGUAAAUUAAAGAACGUUGGUGCAAUCUUAUAAGGUCAAGAGUUUUCAUGGUGAUUGUAGCAAUUUUUAUUAGAAAGGAGACUAAUAAUAGCAGUGAAAUUUUACAUGUUAUGGAAUAUUUUAAUAAAUGUGACAACACACCAAUGCACGGCAGGGAUGGCGCCAGAAAAGAAAUGCUGGGGGGGCUGUAAUUUCAGAGUGCCGACAGUGAGUGAACCAUCAACAAAGAUCUAAUUUAACACCAUUUCCGCUGUGGUAAUUCCAGUUCAAAAAAUGAAAAAAAAAACUGAAAAAAGAUCAAACAAGAAAGAAAAUCAUAAAGUGCAAGUGCCGACAUUGCUUAAAAUUUUUCAAAAAUUGAAGUGCCGACGGAGGGGCUCAAUAAAUUUUGGGGGGGGGGCUCCUGCCCCCCCCAAGCACCCCCGGUGGCGCCAUCCCUGAUGCACGGCUUUCAAACAAUAAUCAAGAAAAACAUGAUAAUUUGAAUCAUUAAAAAUGUAUAUUAUUUAAUUUUGACCAAAUAGUGCGCAUAUCACGAUAUCUUACUCAUUGAAAUAUGCGUUUUUCAGAUAUAUAAAAAUUUUAAUGCAAUGUGCUUGAUAAAUUAUGCAUCUGGCUUCUAAAUUCCACUGAGACCGAACCUUAAAAACAUUCCUGGAACCAGAAAAAAGCCUAAGAAAAGCUGCCCUCCGAGGAAAUGAUAAAGUGCAAGAAAUGUUUCCCUGAUUAUUCACUUUUAAACUUAAGAAAUCCAAGAUCAUUUUUUAUCCUGCUGAUGUUCAUAGCUCUUAUCAAGUUUCUUUUUAAAAAUCAUACUUUUUAUGUGGGAGUAUAUAUCUUGACGCCAUUGCAGAGACAGCAAACCGCAGCGGAGGCAAAUUUGGUAUCGCGAUUACAUGAAGUAUUUCCAAUGACCAUGAAUAAACAAAUUCAGUUGAAUUGAUUAGUCUCAAUGGUGAUAGACAAGAGGUGUUUAUUCGGCUUCAUUGUUUCCUACAAUGUUCUUUUGAAAUCCUUCUCUCGGUUAACAAUUCUGCCUUCACAGUUUCAACGGAUUCGCUUCAGAUAAGCUAGUGAGAGUAAACGCCACGCACGAAGAUAUGUUCUUGUCAAUUAACGAGAAAGUUUUCUACGAGAGAUGGGACGUAGGCAAAGAGGAAACAGUUAAUUUCAAAGCCUACGUUAUGGAUCUGGUUCGUUAACAUGAAGAGAGGUUUCAAAUUUUAGUUAGCAUUACUUAUUUGAGUUUGUCAACAUUUAUCUAACACUCGUUUGUCAAAGAUUUGAACUUCAAAGAAGUGGAAACUUAGAUUAAACCCAAACCAAAUUGUGUUGUCAUGGAACAAAUGUUGGAUUUGCCGGUAAAGAGCGAACCUUUGGUACAUGUGACAAAAAGCAGGAUUAAAAAUAAUUCUCGAAAGCAUUCAGUACCAUCUCGGAGUCAUCUGAAGCGUAAUUUAGUGAGCACGCCAUUGCUGGAUCAAAACAAAGACCAUUCACCAGAAGUUAUGAUGGGCCAAAGGAAGGUACCAACGAAACUGCCACCUCCGCCUGUCCCAAAGAAGCCAAAAAUUAACCUUAAUUCCAUGCAAGCCGCUUCAAGCAACAUCCUACCAAAUGAUAGAGCACAGGAGUCCAAAACUAGCUCCAUUGUUGAUAGUACUACUAGAAGCAAGCCAGCCAUUGCACCAAAACCACUCUUGCCAACAAAACCAGACAUUGCACUAAAGUCAGUUAAUGGAAGACCAACUUCAUUGGAAUUUAAUCCAAAGCAAUCCAAUGACAAUGGUGGUUCAGCUCAGGUUACUGCAGAGAAAAUUUCUAGCAAGCAACAGAAGACAGAGUUGAAUAGUCCAUCAAAAGCAUCUCUAUCAUUUUCGGAAAGAUUGAAAGCCUCUUCACUUUCUCGCAGAAAAGAUGCCAAUACUUCUAAUGGAAAGGGUAGAUCACACAUAAUAUCUCCAGUUAGAAGGGGCUCAAGAACAUUUAUGAAUACUGACUCCAUAUCAGAGAGUAAUGAUGAUACAGACAUUAAGUCAUCUAUACCAUCGUUUAGGAGGUAUUCCUCGCAAACCAGCCUAAAAAGUGAUGAAGGAAGUCUUCAAACUAUUGAUGGUCUAUUGGAAACUGAUUUGGACCUAGAUGAUUUUCAGAAUUUGAGCAUUUCACCAGUCUGUCCAUUGCCAGUCAAUUCAGUUUUAUCUUCUGGAAAUUCAUUUGAGGAGGAGGAAAGUUUAUCUAAGGAUAGUUUUGAUACAAGAGAACUGAACAUUUUGGCAGAAAAUGAGCAGAAGCCAGAAAAUCUCUUACAAAAUGAUAACCUCAAUAUGAAUGGGCUGGUUGUAGAUACUGAUGGUGGUUUUAAAUCGUUGACAACAAAUGAUUCUAAAUUUCUAGAAGAGUUGCAGCAUGAAGAAUAUUUAGAUUUUGACCCAAAUAAAAAUGGAGAUAUUGUAACCUCUGAAAGAUUACCUAUGUCAGAAAAAAGUGGCAGGCCAAAAGGUGAUAUUUUUCCACCAUUGGGUAAAACAGAUGAAAAUAACAGACCGGCUAUUAAAGAAAAUACAAAAAGUAUAAAUGAAACAAGGAAAGGAUCUUAUAAAGAUGGUAGUAACACUAACAAUUUGCAUGAUAUCCCACAAAGGGACCAACAUUCUUUUGCAGUCAAAAAAGAGUCUGAAUAUGAUUUGAAAAAUGAGGAAAACAAUAAUCAAGUGAGUUUCAAUAAAACAAAACUAAUUGGUAGCACUGGUGAAUCUAGAGGGCAUGAAAGUACAAAAAAAGCUGUUUACCAGAAGGGUGAUCAGAAGUCAGCCCAGUUGCAUUUAUCAGAUACAGAAUCGACCCUUGAAAAUGUUACUCAAGAUAUUGACUCCAAUUUUUCUUUUGAAAUAUUGUCAAAAGCAGCAGAAAAGGAAGUUUCAGGAGGCUUGACAUCUACAGUAUUUAGUACAACUGAUGGCCCCCCUGGUUUCCUUCAAAAUCAGAUGCAGAAUUUCAUGGAUGUUGAUACCACUAUUACAUCAUCUAUCAAAGAUUCUCAAGAGAAAAAGUUCCAAUAUGAUGAUGCUUUUGCAGGGGUUGUGGAAAUGCCAUUUACAGAAGAUGGUAAUUUUCCUCUUCAUUCUGUCCCGAACUUUGAUGUGGAUAUGCUACCAAUUGUUCCUCCUCCUCCAAUGGACGAAGACGAUGAAAAUAUUUUUUCCAGUAUUAUUGAUCCCCCAACAGUUUAUGGAGAUAGCAGUGAUGACGAUGACAUGGACAUAUGCCCACCUCCUCCAGCUGCACCAGUGCCAACUGACUCAGAAAUGGCUACCCAAGAUUUUGAUGCAAAUCUACCUAGCAAACAUUUUGACUCAUUUCAUUCUACUUUUGGAUUUAGUGAACAGCAGCAGACUUCAGAAGGAUUUGAAAAUGAAAUAGAACAGGGUUUUGAUGAAACAGACUUAAUUGUUGAUGCAAAAAAAGCCAGGCCAAUUUCAGAUUUUUUGGAGAAAAAAUCAAGUUUUGAAAUAGCUGAAAGUAAACCCAAACAGAAAAUUGAAGUCAGUGAUAAGGAAUCUGACAAGAGCAAAAUCAACUUCUUAACUGAAAGUAAUGAUACUUAUGACAAAAUUGGGGCAAGACAAAGUGUCUUGUCAUUAGCUCAUAGAUUUGAGACAAGUGCUAGUGAAGGAACAGAAAGUGUAAGCAGAAAGCAGAAAAGAAAUGAAGAAGAUAGAGAAGGGCCAGAAAAUUUAUACCAUGCUGUUGAUAGCAAACACAAAUAUAAGUCUUCUUCAAGACAUUCAAUAGAGACAGAAAAUAUUGAAAGCAAUAAAAAAGAAAUGGAUCAGAGUAUAAAUGUGUUAGGCUCAGCUGAAAAUUCAAAAUCUAUUGUCUUAGAAGAAAAUAUUAAACCGCCAGAAGAGCGAAUGUUUGAUGUAGAGUCAAUGCCAUUGCACUUGCUGGAUUCAUAUCAAGAUCAGUUAAACGCAGACGAAGUCAAGGAGUCUUUAGAUUAUCGAGAAAUGAUUUCAGAAAAAGGAAAGCAGCGAAAAAAGUCAUUUAGCGAAAGAAACACUCCAGCUAAUAUUGCAAAAUCAGCUUUUGAUGAAGAGAACGAUGGUAGAAUAGAUGAACGAAUUGUGAUUCAACCACUGAAGCUCGGAGCAUUGGAUGUAAGGGAAGGAGAUGUUUGUAGUGAACCACCUUAUUCUAUUGUUAAUAAAAGUUUACCAGAGCGGAAGUUAUCGAAUUGUUCUUCCGAGAAAAAUAUUACAGCAGAGUAUGCACCAAUAGGGAUAUCAGACAUACCUGUAUUGAACGAAACAGAUGAUUUGCCAGGAAACGUCUCACAAUCAAAAAAUGCCAAGCUAUCUCAACAUGCAUUUCUUAAAUCUCAAGAAGCAAAGACCUCGUCCUCAGAUGAGCUGCUCGGACCAGCUGAAUCAAACAAGCUCUCUCCCUGGUCGUCAGUUGAAUGUCUGCCAGACUCUGGAAAACCCUCUUCGCGGAAAUCUUCCGUUUCUAGUUCAAUCAGGAGCGGACCUGAAAAUUUGUUUGUGCCAAGAAAAUGGUCAUCAUUUUGCAGUAGCUCAGGGGAUGAACAAGAUGACGAUAAAAAGGUCAACAUCGUACAGCUGAUGAGAGAAAGAACUUUGACUCAUAGUAGUGAUGCUGCUGAAGAUUUCUUGGGCAAUACAGAGGCAGCAGUUGAAUUGGAUUUUAGCGUUCCUUUGACCAGUGACAAAGAUGAAAACGCUUCAGAGAUUGAUUCAAGUGAAGACCUCAUCGAGGAUGCAUUCGAUUCUAGAAUCAACAACAUACCACUUGAUCAAUGGACAACUGAAGAUGUUGGUGACUGGUUAGAAAUGAUCGGUCUUGUCGAACUGCGAGCGCAGUUUGAAGAAAGGAAGAUAGGGGGACCAGAAUUGCUUUCUAUAGACUUGCAUCUGCUUGAUGAAAUGGGAAUUACAAACCUUGAAGAUCGAGAAUUAGUCUUGUCUGAAAUAUAUUCGCUGAAAAAUCCCGAAGAUAUGGAUGUUGAAAUGUCUUUGCUUGAUGCCUUAGACAACGCCUCUGGAUACGACCGUGAAAAGAUGCUAGCAAUUCUCGAAGCCCUGAGAAUGUCAACUGAAGACCAAGAGAAUAAAUACUUACCAUCACCUUCUCCGAAAUUGUCCGGUGGAGGAAGAAAGAAGUCCGAAAAGUCCACAAAAGGUAAAGAAAACUAUAGAAGAGCCGUGAGUGAGUAUUCACCAUCAACGGAAAAAGAUGGCGUUGCUAACGAGCGUUCAAAAAGUGUCUCUCCUUCGAGAAAGAAACACAAUAUUCGAGGGGCAUCUGUAGACUCAAGUCCUUCAGUAGGGGGGAAAGAGAAAAAAGGUCUUAAAAAGAAGAGUUUCUUAAAAGGAGCGUUUUCAUUCAGAAGGAAUGGGUCUGGUAGACUUGCCAGAUUGUUCAGUAGCAGGAAGAAGUUAGUCGAUUCUUCAUUGAAGUAUCUUUUGCAGUCAAGCCCACAAGGGGUAGUCAAAAUCUGGACGUACGCAGUUGAAGCAGGCAGUGGAUCAAAGGCCGAAGAUUCCAGUGCUGUGUCAUUGCUGGUUACUUCAAGUACUACAGCCAAGGAUGUCACGAAGACUCUGCUAGAGAAACUUGACAUGAUUGAAGAUGCUAACUGCUUUUAUUUGGUUCAAUCACAUAGUUCGAAGUCAGUACCUGAAGUUGUUCUCAAUGAGGACGAUUGCCCUCUUGUGUUGCAAUGCCGUUGGCCCGAUGCAGAACGCUACAAAUUCGAGUUGAAGAAGAAAUCUGAAGGAUCGGUCAUUAUCGUGCAUUCAGAUGAAAAUUUAAACGAUGAAAGAUCUGUGAAAAUUGAAACAACAAUGAAAACGACUUGUGCAGAGAUUAUUGCGAUAUCCUUGAAGAAACUCCAGAACCACGAUCCAGUGAAGUGCUUCUCGUUGUAUCCAAUGAAGAACCAAAAACAAGGAAUCUCGGAGGGCACGCAAGAAUCUCAAAUUCCAAUGGAGGCUAAUCUCUUGAAGAUAGCAAGUUCAUUGUCAAGACCUGCUGUUUAUAAGCUUGUAAGAGUGAAUUUUCUUGGAUCGCCAGAGAAAUCUUUGAAGCAAGAUGAUGGCCAAAGAGAAAGGAUUGAACGUCUUCAAAACGAGCUUAAAGAAAAGCGAGAAGAAUUGUUCAAAGCCAGAAAGACCAACCAAUCUUUUGAAAAGAGGCUUAAGGAGGUUGUAAGUCAAAAUGAAAUUCUUGAAAAAAAAGUCGAUGAGCAAAACACACGAAUAACAGAGCUUCAUGGUGCAGAAGAAACCUUGAGAUCUCAGGUAGGAGAUGGAAGCAACGGACAGUCACAAAGCAAAGAAUACCAACAAGAAAUAGCAACGCUGUCUGAUAAACUGAACGAGAAAGAGAGGGAGAAAAAGGUGCUGAAAGAGAUAAUUGAGAACCUCAAAACGUCAUUAGAAGAAACUCAGAACCAGGCAAGAGAACUAGAAAAACUUCAAGAAAUGGGUCUGAUGCAAAAUGAUUAUGAAAACAGUGCAAUGGAUAAAUUGAAAGACGUUGAAAAGGAAAAUCAACUUCUUAAAGGGCGUAUUGUUCAAAUUGAAAACGAAUCACUAGAAAAUAAGAUCGAGUUAGCUGAAUAUGAAAAUCGAUUAGAAGAAGAAAACAAGGAACUACAGAAUACUGUGAAACAAUUAGAGCUCACAUUGGAAACCAGAGUGACUGAGGGUGAAAAAAUGAAGAUCUCUCAAGCAGAAAUAGAGCGUUUGAAUUCAAUGAUAUCUGAAUUAAGACAAGAAAUAGAUUCACGUGAUGUAAGAAUAGCCUCUUUGCGAAAUGCACAGAAAGAAAAAGAGGUGUUAGCAGAGAAAGUGCAAAACUUGCAGAUGAGUAUUAAUAAAAAGAACGAGAAAUUAAAUGAAAUGAGCCAAUUCGCUAAAUCUAACGAGGAGCUGCUAGACAAAAUCAGCGCGUUAGAAAGGGAAGUUAAGCAGAAAGAUCGAUUGAUGAGUGAUGCAUCGAUUGUGCAGAGAAAGUUAAUGGAACUACAAAGAAAAUUUGAUAGCGCAUCAGAAGAACUGAUCGAAAAGAAAGAAGAAGUGAAGAAAUUGAUUAAAGAUAAUGCAGAUAUGCGCAAAGAGUUUUCCAGUGAUAUAGAAGCAAAGAACGAAACUGUAGACCGGCUUGAUUUUGACAAUAACGAUUUGCGUCGAAACUUCAUGGAAGCAGACGAGGAAAGAAAGUUACUGAAGUCGAAGGUGAAAGAGCUUGAAAUGUAUCUGCACGAGAAGGAAAGAGCAAUGGAAGAUGUGGAUGAUCUCCAACAUCAACUCAAAGAAGAGCAACAAAAGGCUCAGAGACUAGAAAAGGAGAUGGCAUUGCGUGCAGAUGAAUUUAGUGCAGUCUGCAAGGAAAAGGAUUCUUCAAAUGAGGGCUUGCGGGACCACAUUGAGAGCUUGGAGCAAAGUUUCAUUGAAAAAGACUCAAGAAUUCUUGACCUGGAGUUUAAAUUGCAGAAAAUUGAAAGAAGUUUGCGAGAGACAGAGAACGUUGCUGACGAUGAAGCAAGAGAGAAGAGCAGACUCGCACUAGCGUUUGAAGACGCAACACAGAAAGUGGCCGAGCUUGAUAAAAGAGUGACUGACUACAAAAGGCUUGUUGCUGAAAAAGACAAAAUUAUACAAAACAUUAAAGGCAGCCAGACAAAGGCCGAUGAGACUAUAAAGAGAGAGUUGAACAAUGCACAACGUUCAUUGCAAGAGAAAGAAACAAUCAUCGAUAAAAUGCGAGCUAAAGCUGACGAAGAAAGAAUUGAAAUGAAGAGCCGGUUUGAGACAUUGCAAGGGUUGGUGACAGUGAAAGAGACAAAAUGGAAAGAGAAGGAGGCGCGUUUUAUUAAUGAAAGAGAGGAGCAGCGAUCUCGAACUGUGCAACUUGAAGAGAAACUGGUUGAAAAAGAAAGCAGCGCGCGAAAGCUUGAGGCCAAAGUUUCGAAACUGGAAAAGGUUGCCAGAGAGAAUAUGAAAAAAUUCGAGAAAUUUAUGUCUGAUAAAGAUCGAAUGCUGCGACAAGUGAGAGAGGAAUCAGAAAAAGAUGUUAUGGAUCUUAAAGAAAAAAUUCGACAAAUGGACGAUGCAUUGAAGUCGAAAGACAAGAGUUUGCCAUUGAGCCGCAGUAGUAGUGUUGGGAAGGAAUUUGAGAUAAAAUUGAAACAGAAAGAGGAAGAAAACAAGCAGCACAAAUAUUUACUGGAAAGAUUAAUGUCAGUCGUGAACGACAAAGACCCUCGAAUUCUUGAAGAAUUCGAAAACAGCUUUGGAGGCUCGUCCAAUGAAAAAUCUGAUAAGCAACCAUUGUUGAUGAAAAUCAAUGAAGACUGGUGCUGAAAGCCAUUGAUUCACGGCAUGCUCACUGGAAAGCAAAAGCAAUAAUUACUUGUAUGGCUUUUAGUCAACUACAUCUGUCGACGUCAUGCCGCGAAAAUCAACUAAAUUUCCCAAGGAAUAGCUUUGGUGAAAUUGAUGAUUGUUCAGGGGUGACUCAAUUUUAUAAGAGAAUCGACGUUAGAAGUCAGAACUGUUGCGAACGAGAAUAACAGAUGUGAUGUGCACAGGAUCUGAUGAAUAUUAGAGACUUUGGUUUUGAUGAUGAUGUUAGAAGUAGAAAAUACUUAUAGGGAAUAGCGAAUUAAGAUUUUUGUUGUAAAUAUUUAUUUCUCCAUAUGAUGGUGAUUAAGGGGUUCAAUAGUAGUUAUUAUCUUGCUUUGAAUGUCUGUUUUUGUAGUAAAAGAUGAAAUAACUAAGUCUUGGCUAAACGGUUACUUUGAAUUGGCAUCAUUUUUUCCUGCGAGUGUUGUUAUUCAAUAGCUUGUCUUUUUAUAAUUGUAUAAAGGUAUCUUCUAAGCGAACGCGAUAGCCAUUUUGGCCUUACAUUUAACGAGGCCAAGACCAUUCGAUUAUUUUAAACCCCGUUCAGACGUUGUCUAGCAGUUAAGUCAGAUCCGAACGGAAUUUUCUUUCAGAGCUAUAAGAAUCAAGAGCUUCAAAAUUGUAGCCACAAUACUAAAUGAAAUGAAGUAAGGCACGGGAAGAAAUUACAAGAUCACAUUUUAACUUGCCUUUACUGGGGAGUUAAUAUAACUUUUUUGUUUCAAUUGGAGGGCCAAAACCCAUUCUAGCCAUAAUUCAACACUGAACGCAAUUACAAUUCCUCCAUACAUUUAACAAAAUGAGCAAUUUUCUCUGAUCGAGUUGUCUUCUUACUGUGGCAGCUGGGAUACAACCCGCGUUGUCCUUUUUAUAAAUUUCGAGAAGCUCACAACCCCAAGGGCUCGAAUUGAUUGAUAUUUUAGUCAUUUUAAGCAGAACCCACAGAGCUCAUGGGAAAACACUAGAAGUAGCAAGUGUCUUCACCCCUCACAUUUCUUAAUUCUAUUGCAACCCAACUACAUAUGAUGUUUUAUAAUUGGGCAAUUUAGAUUCAGCACCUUCAAGGUACCUGAGAAAUGCUAUUUUUAACACAGGAAACCCGUAAUUAUGUUAUAUCUACCGUAUAAAUAAAUUUCCCAAAACAAGCAUGAAUUGAGAAAAUGGUUCACAUAAGAAACAUUCAUUAACAGAAGGACGUUGACUCCAACUGAUUUGUUUGUCUCGCGUCUUGUUCACAAACGUCCAGAUGUCUGUAAAUUUGCUGUAAACAACACGAUUUUAUAACCGUUCCACAUCCUCAGUCCAGACCCCUCAUUUAGGAAUGACGUCAAUGAAGCAGUAUUAGUAGUUGCAAAUCCAGUGUUGUUGUUAAGCACAUUUGCGAUGGUAUUAUAAUAAGUUGUUCGUUCAGGCCGUUUUUUGAUAACUGCACCUUCAAUGGAUCACUUGAAGUCACGCAACGCAGGGUGAAAUCCUGGUUUGACCUUUGAGCGCAUCACGCCAAUUUCAACCAUCAUGCAAAAGUUGAACUUAGUUACUGCUCAUUUUCAAACGAAAGUCAACGACAAUUUGAUUAAAAGGGAAUUAAAAGUUGUUUGACAGAAAUAAGAAAUACUUAAGGAUAAUUAAAUUUUAUCUAGAUGAUUCUGUUACACAGCUGGUAGCAACAAAGUUGCUGCAUAUUUAUAUAAUUCACACUAGAUGCAGCAAAGGCAUGUUGGUCAUUGGAUCAACAAGAGCCUAGGAAGUAUUGCAUGUACCCAGCAACUCACGAUGCUUUGAAAAACAGUUUUAGGAGCUACAAUAUUUGUGCAUUUGAUAAAACUUAAGCAAGACGAUCGUCUUUGAGAAUAUGAGAAUAUGGCCAUUUCCUUUGAGACAAGCAUUUAGCUGUCUCAGAGAAGGCUGGUCAGUAGAGCAUAACAUCAUUGUGAAAGAAAAUUUACUUGACUUUUAACCAGGGGUGGAAAUUCGUUUUUGAAGUGGGGGGCAAUGCCUACAAAAGCAAGCAAAUUUCCCGACAAAUGACAUAAUUUUACCGACAAAACCCACAAUUUUGCAAAACCUGGGGGCAGUUGCCCCCCACACCCCCAAAAUUUCCAC